UGAUCGCUGAGUUCAUGAGAGGCCUUGGUGAAGGUGGCGACGGCGAAAUCGGUAUCGUCAAAGACAGCAAAUAUACCAAGGAGGCUUUUGCUGUUGUCGAAGGCGCUCGAUUCCAAAUGGAUCGCAUGAACAAAAGUGCUACAUCAUUGGAGCAAUUCACCAAAUUAGCAGAAGAUAUCAUUAACGAAUCACAGCUGACCUACGCUACCGUAUUCAACACAACUCAGUUUUUGAAGCAUUUUCAUACAGUAAGUCACAUACCUUACAAUCUCCAUCGUGUGUACGGUGGAACUUCUGUAGGAGGAGCUACCUUGGAUGCUUGGGCUCUGGAAGCGGAAGCUCAUUAUAAUGCUACCCUAGAUCGUGGUGAAUACAUCGAAAAACGACAUAAUCGAGCUGAACAGGAACACAAAAAAACCGAAGAGCUGCUGAAACGAGUGUUGGCUAACAAACUCAAUGACACAUCGUUAGAAAAUUUGCUAAAUCGAUCCGAAGAGUUUGACCAAUGGCUGGAAGACUUCAGAGCUACUAUCUAUGACAGCGCUAAGAAAGACACCACAGAAGCAGAACGUAUGAGCAAAGUGGUGGCUAUGCGGAUUGAUAGAUAUAAGGAAGUUAGCAAUGAGAUCGAGAAGUUGAGAGCAGAAGCUGAAGAAGAUCUGGCUAAGGCUAGAGAC